AACGGUGAAGCUAUUGGACGAUCAAUAGGCCAUGGCAGAAAAGAACGCCUUCGAAAGUUUCAUAAAAUGAGGAAACGUGCAUUUGAAGAAAAUGAACUUAACCAAAGCGAUGACCCUGUUAUUGUUUUCAACAACGAAGGGGACCCAUGCUUUAAAUAUACACCCCAAUUGAUGGCGGACGACGAAUUCGUAAGAAAACGACUUAGAAAUGAAGUAAUGUAUUUGGAGAAUGACGAUGAACGUUAUGAAAUAUCUUACGAUGAGACUAGAGAUAAAUAUCGUUUUGCAAUUGUAUCAUCUUCCGUACACCUGGGUCCGCCAGUACCAUUAAAGGAUCAAGAAAACUCUCCCAAUAAAAUGCAAAUAUUUCCUUUGCCUUCAAGCUUGGAAGAUUCAUUUCGUGAUGAUUUGGAUUAUCACGAAAUGACUUGGAAUAUUGUGGGUGUAAUCGUUGCUGACAAAACCAACCCGUUACAUAGUUUACUAUGUAUUUCUAAACGUGUAUUUUGGCGUGAUCGAACU